UUCCACCAGAUGCAGCUUUACCUAUCUCGAGUAGCUCCUCGGUGAACUCAUCAGUGACCUCAAAUGUUAAUAGAGUUAGAAAAUACAGAUCAAAGGAGUGGAUUUUGGCCCAUCAAGUACAAAAUAAAGAGGGAAAGUGGGAAAUUGACCCGAACGAUACAGAAGUUGUUGAAAUCGCAACAAAAGCUUUAGAGUACAUCGCAGAAGAGGAAAAAGGAAAUCUUUCUUUCGAACAGGGUGAGGAUGCCCUCACUAAAGCUAUAGGGAAAAAAGAUCAUCGUGGGCGUGUCAAGGGAACAGGUGGCAUGGUUGGUAUCAAAAAGGCUUUCGGUCCGUGUAUUCGACAUAGUAGAAGUGACCAUGGUGAAGCUUCAUCAGAAAAUUACGAAUCAAUCAGAGCUUCUGUGAAAAAGGAGUUUGAAGGUGAAUUAGAGAAAAGGGUAGAGAAAAGGGUGGCAGAGGCCCUCCAAAAGCAACUAAGCACCUUGUUAAAAACAGGACAACUAAACUCCAUUUCUACCCCGAUACUUGAUGACCUCCACUUAAAUGAUUCUGCCAGAGUUGACCUUGAUGUUAGUGCUACAAGAACCACUCGUCACAUCUUAGUGCCGCAACCACGCGAGCUAAAGGAAAGGACUCCAUGUCGUCUUGCCCUUGAGGAUAAAGUUUCAGGCAACAACAUUGUCGUGGCGGAUGGUAUGGUACAACCCUCAGAUGGUGCAUUGCCCCAACAUUUUACAUCGAUGAAGCCUGGUCACUAUAAAGUCCAAGUUGAUUUUGUUUACGACGGACAUGUUGAUGAUAUUCUUCCGGUACCUACGGGAGAUGGUUUCACUAACUUAGGCGGUGCUCUGGGUAGUUUUGUGCAAUGGCCCAUACACUUAGUGAUUUUCGAAGAGGGCGAGGAUUAUACUUCACCUCCUAAAAAGAAGUCCAAGUCUAAUGUUUCUAAAGAGAGGGAUGGUAGCUCCAAGAAAAAGACAACGGUAUUAGCGGCCCAAAAGAAGACAACAGACUUAGCAUCCAAGGAAUUUUCGCAUCCAAAGAAGUCGAUUUCUAAGCCUAAGUCCAACUUAGAGGUCGUGGGUAGUUGUGAUCGUAAAACACAAGAAUCAACCACCAAAAGCAAGAAAGCGGGACUUGUACACGAUGCAAUUCAAGGUCUUGGCCCGUCAUGCAAAUACUUGCAGUUUAUCAUGACUUCGGCGCCUGAUGAUAUAUAUGAUAAUACUACCAUCCCAUUGGCGGCCUCAGUUUGGAACUCGGAUUUUGAUCAAGAAACAUACAUAACUGCGUCUGAUAUAGGAGAUCUUCCAUCCUCCAUGUCACAAAGAAUGGGAACCAAGUCGGCCCGUGCGAAGAAUAAGAAAGUGGUGGUAGAGUGCGAUCUGGACGAGGGUCCUGUGUUUAGUCCAAGUAACAUUCUAGACAAGAAGAACGCUCGAGCGGCCACCAGGGGAAAUCAGGAUGCGGCGGCGCUCAAGGCCGACUGA